AGUAAUGAGUUUGCUGAUCGCCUUUACGGCUGUAUUGGCCGUAGCUUCGGCACAGACAGCCACUAAUAGAUUCCCUGAUGACUUUCUAUUUGGGGCUGUAACAUCCGCAUAUCAGGUGGAAGGAGCGUGGAAUGAAGAUGGCAAAGGAGAGAGCAUUCAGGACUACUUUUUCCACAAUCAUCCGGAAUAUACCACAGGAGACACCGGGGACGUCGCCUGCGAUUCUUACCACAAGUACCAGGAGGACGUGCAGAUGUUGAAGGCACUCAACGCGGACGUGUAUCGAUUUUCGAUUUCCUGGUCACGUAUAUUGCCUACCGGGGACCUCGAUGUUAUCAACCAGGCUGGUAUCGAUUAUUAUAACAACCUCAUCAAUGACCUACUCGCCAACGGAAUUCAGCCUCUGGUAACAAUAUACCACUGGGAUCUCCCUCAAGCACUGCAGUACAUCGGGGGCUGGUCCAACGAGUUGCUGGUCGACUACUUCGUUGAAUACGCCAGGAUACUGUUCCAAAACUUCGGUGACAGGGUGAAAUGGUGGAUCACAAUCAAUGCUCCUGCUGGCUUGGUAAACGGCUAUGCGAUGAACGAAGUCGCCCCCUCUCAGCCAGCAUCGGGAAUUGGCGACUACCUGGCGACUCACACUGUCAUCAAAGCCCACUCGCGGGUCUGGCAUCUGUACGAUGAACAGUUCAGAGCCUCGCAGAAUGGUAGCGUGGGAAUUACUUUUGAAAUGGAUGGACUUGAACCGCUGACUAAUUCGACAGAGGAUGCAGAGGCUGCUGAAAGGGCACGACAGUUUCAGGUGGGUAUCUUCGCACAUCCUAUCUACAGUCAGGAUGGAGAUUAUCCUGCUGUGGUGCGACAGCAAGUGGAUGCCAAUAGUGAGGCUGAGGGACGGCCCCGAUCAAGGUUACCAACUUUCACACAGGAAGAGGUUGAGUACAUUAGGGGAUCGGCCGACUUUCUCGGAGUAAUUCACUUCGAAACGACUUUCGUGACCCCUGGUGUGACAGGCGAAUCACCUUCAAAAACGCGGGACUCUGCUGUAAUUACGUCGUCUGCUGAGACUAUUCCUUGGGGAUUGCGGAGUCAACUGAACUGGAUAGCCAACGAGUACCCAGGUUUCCCAGUCUUUAUAACAGAGAACGGCGUAUCCAAUUCUGGAGGGCGAAACGACAGCGACCGCAUUGAAUUCUAUACUGGAUAUCUCGGAGCUGUUCUAGAGUCGAUACACGAAGACGGUGUUCCGGUUAUCGGAUACUUGACAUGGAGUCUCAUGGACACUCUAGAAUGGAACUCAGGAUUUACGGCUAAGUAUGGGCUGUACGAGGUGGAUUUCAGCAGUCCAAACAGGACAAGGACUCCCAAGGAUUCGGCUGGCUUCAUGGCAGAAAUCUUCAGCAGUAAGCAGCUGCCCAACCAGUACAACCACUAGGAUGUUCUUAGCUCACCAAACAAGACUUGUUCAUCUGCUUGUCAACGCAGUUUUUAAUAUGAUCUUUUGCCAAACACAGCACAGUUAAAUGAAGUACUACAAGUGCUGUAUGCAAGCGUUAAAUGUAGAUAUU